CUCGUUUGGUCUUUCUUUCUCUCUCGAUUCAACACCAAAAAGAAAUAUUGAACAACGAAAAUUUGAAAGUACAAGAAGAUCUCAUAUAUAAUAACGAAAAUUUGAAAGUACAAGAAGAGUCUCAUAUAUAGUAGUACCAGUAUUGUGUCAAGUAGAGUACUACCACAGAUGAACACAAAGAAUUUAUCAACAAAGAAAUAAGUUUUUACUAAUCUCUUCCGAGUAAAAUUACAAGUCAUACUUAAUCAGGAAACACACUAGGCUCACACGUUUCCAUGAUCUUCUAACACAUGAAUCAUGUGACAUGAUCCUAAGAAACUCUCACUUCUUUAGCCUUUUAUAAUUCACUCACCGUACAAAUAAUGAAACCACUUUUGCUAAGAAUACUUUUCUGUGUGUUAAUCAAAUACAAAGCUCCCCUAGUUAUACUAAAUCUGUGACGACGAAACCAAUGCCAGAAAGUUUCCGAGCAAUCUUUAUUCUUUAAAAAAGAAAUAAAAAUGUGGAAAACUAAAACUUUGUAUGAUUAAAAAGAAAAAUUAUACGACAAGCUCCUCAUAAAGGAUCAUUCAAUCUCUCGAACAAAAGUUUCCCAAGCAUCGAAACAACCAAACCAGCAUCGUCCGACACACCAUUAGGCAAGUUGGAUAAACCACAUCCAACUCGCCAUCGGGCGAGUUGGAUCAACCAAUGUCGAUUGAUACUAUUCAUUGAUAGUCGAUCGAUACUAUUUAUUGAUAGUCGAUCGAUACACCAAUAGAGUUGUCGAUCGAUGUUCCUUCCAGCAAGUUUUAGCGAACAGGUUUGAAUUAUGUUCUUUAUUUUGGUAAAUAUGCCUUAUAGAGUAAUAGUUCAACGUGGCCUGACUGGGCAAUUAUUAUGACUUUCCUGCAUUCUAAGGUUUUGAAUUGAUUUAAGCCAUACGAUUAUUUGAUCAUACUUUGCCCUUACUAACUGCAGGACGGAGGAGAAGUUGUAAAGAAAAAAGCCUUUGUUCCACCUCCACGUUUCAUGAACAUUGAUGAAGCUAGGGAAUUGCACAUACGUGUUGAGCGUCGGCGUGAUCCCAUGACCGGUGAUUACUUUGAAAAUAUUGGUGGCAUACUUUUCAAAGAUGGUUUCAUGUACAAAGCAGUAUCUUUGAAGUCCAUCAUUGCUCAGAAUUGUAGGGGAUGGAUCUAACCAUCCCACAAGGCCCAAGGAAUAGAAGGCCUGGCCCGGACCAAAGAAAGCGAUGGCUUAGAUAAUCGGUUUAAAAGGUCAGUCUCUCGGCUCUCUUCUAGAGUACCUUGAGUCGACCGACGUCGACUAAGAGGCACCCAGCUCGGCGACCGCUCGGAUGAAUACGGGCCUCUCGGCCCAAUAAGGAAAGCCCACGAAUACGACAUAAGCUAGGUCAAGAACGACACAUCAGAGGACUAUAUAAGGAGAAGGAAGAGGAACGAGAAAGGGAUCCGAAAUCAUCUGACUAACACUUGGCGGCUAGAUUAGGGUUUUCACCUUUACUUCAUCUUGCCGUUAUUUGUACUUUUCCGGUAGCUCAUCGAGUUACCGGCCUCUUCUCUGUCGCAUUCUCUUUACUUCUCUUGUAACCGACUGAACGUUUCUUCCGACCAUAAUAAAAACGUCUUUGUUAAACCCACAUCUCCUUUUCACCGUUUUCCGAUCAAACAGUUGGCGCCCACCGUGGGGCCUCUCUAGCAAAGUAACGUUAGUACUAUGGUUGUCAGCAACGACAGUUCUUUGUCAGGCGAGGAGCGCGAAGCUCUCGAGGUGAUGCCGGCUCCCGAGGUGACACCUACGCCUACACCAGUGACUCCACUACCCCCUCCUGCGUCUAUGGAAACCAUCCUGGCACGCCUCGCCCUGCAAGAAGCGGCGCAGAAGGCGGCGGUCGACCAAAUCACAGCGAUAGCAAAAAUACUCGCCCCUAUCGCCGCAAACGCCGAAGCUUCAACGGCGCAGUACCGUCGACACCUGUUCGCCACAGAACGAACCACCAACGUAGCACCUACGCGGGGCAACGACAACCAAAGCGCCGGUAACGACAUCAAUGCACACACCGCAAGCGAACUAGCAGCGUUGAAACAGUCGGUCCUUGACAUCAACUCGAAGAUCCACCAGGUGACGACCUCGGCGCCCCAAAUCGAGCACGUACUCGCGGAAUCUCUUCGUACACCCUUCACGCAAAGGGUCACCGGCGUACGGCUCCAGAAGAUGGAGAAACUUCGUCUUCCAACCUUCAAAGGUCUCUCCGACCCUUCUACUCAUGUCACGUCCUUCAACAUAGCGAUGCGACGCGCAAAUCUGACCGACGAAGACAAAGGCGCCGGCUUUUGCCAACUCUUCGUCGAAACCCUAGAAGGACCGGCCCUUACUUGGUUCACAGGCCUCAGAGAAAACUCCGUCGAUUGUUUCCACGACCUCUCAACGGCUUUCCUGAAGAACUAUAUCAUGUUCACUAACCAAGAAACGACCGUGUCGGAUUUGUGGAACCUCACUCACACCAGCGGCCAAAGCCUCCGCGACUUCAUGGAGAAGUUCAAGGCUAUCGUCUCGAAAGUUGAUAUUCCUGACCCUAUCGCUGUCGAGUCUCUGAUGAACACUUUGCACGUUGACUCCACGUUCCGUCAGGAUCUUUACCGAUACCCGACGAAAUCUGUGUCCGACGCCAUCGCUCGCUCGAACAACUUCAUCCGCAUGGAAGAAGACACAAGAGCAAAGUUCGCAAAAGAAGCAGCAGCGAAACAGCGACCCGCCCGAACAAACGACACCCGCCCUGAGCCCCGCCAGCACUCCUCCGGUGGGAAUACCACUCAGAAGCGAGGCUACGUUAGCUCGGUCGGCGACGAGGAAUCGCCAAAAACAGCAGCCGUCACGCGAGAGAAAGCCUGGAACCACUGGGAUCGAGACUCCGCCUCGAAGCAAUCAAAGUCGUCCGAACCAGCGAGUUCAAACUCCGAGGAGCCAAAGAAAUGAUGCCUCUACCACAAAAGGGAUUCCCAUGAUACGAAAGAAUGCAAAGUCCUCAUCGGGCAAUUUUUCGACGGGAUCACUAACGGGACAAUUCAAAUGCCCACCUCUCCAACGACACCGAAAAACACCAAAAGUUGGAGUAAGAACAAGGAGAAGAAGGCACAGAAGUCUCAACAGAACACGGCCCCGAGCGAGGAAAGAGCGAGCCCUGAGCGCACUCCUGUCAACAACGUUGGCUCCGCCAACGAUUCGUCAGAAGACGAACAUCCGCGUCGCCGGCGACGAGUGGAAGUCAUACUCUCUCGCCCUUGUGACUCCUCUGACGACGACUCCUCGACAGUGCAACCAGAUUUACGCGACAAACUGAACAGCAAAGUUGAGCAGUCUCUCACUUCCCCGAUAACAGAUAAAGACCUGCGCACCCUAUUGAAGCGAAAGAGCGCUACGAACGAACACGUAGGAAGCGCCGACCUCCGUGCGACCAUCUCAAAAUCCAGCGCCCGGAGAAUAGGUCAAAACGGCGACCUUCACGACCGGCUCAAUUCAAAGGCCGAUGACCUGCGAAUCCAACUCAACCGUUCGAAAGGGUCCGAUCUGCGACGACGUCUCGAAUCAAAAAAGAAAAAGCCCGCAAAAACUCCUAAAUUCGAGAACACAACUGAUGAUUUGAGGAAGCAACUCGAAUCAAUGCGAGCUACCCGCACCCCGCACAUUAGCGUCAUAAUGGGAGGAUCACCCCCUUGCGGUGACUCAGUUCGAGCCGUCAAAGACUACAAACGACAAGCCACCACCUCCAAGAAGUGGCCUCCUCCAGUCGAAAAUGAUCACCAGAUCACUUUUUCGGCACUAGAUACCAAGGGCGUCCACAUGCCACACAACGAUCCUCUCCUCGUCGACCUCGACAUCGGAGAAUGUCUAGUCGCGAAAGUCCUUAUCGAUACCGGCAGCUCAGUCGAUCUCAUCUUUCGCGACACAUUCGACAAAAUGGGAGUCGAUUUAAGAGAUAUGAAGCCUUCCUCCCGCACGCUCACUGGCUUCAACGGAGCCUCGGAGCAAAUGAUCGGAACAAUUCGUCUUCCAGUAUACGCAGGUGGUAUAACCCGUACCGUCAAGUUCUCCGUCAUCCGAGCCAAAGCGCCCUACAAUGCCGUCCUUGGAACACCAUGGUUGCAUUCCAUGAAAGCCGUUCCCUCGACGUACCAUCAAUGCGUCAAGUUUCCCAGCAAAGACGGAAAAACACAGACGAUUCGGGGAGAUCAACAAACCGCGAGAGAACUGCUGAUCGCAACUGUAAAGAUGCAGCAACAGGCUUCCCUCGUCAACUCCGUCAGUAAACCACUUCACAAGAUAUACCCCCAGAAGGAGGAAGUUCGCGAAGUCGCAAUUGAUGAGUCCGACCCAACGAAAAUCAUCCGAGUUGGCGUCUACCUGUCCGACGACAUAUGUUCAAGGAUCGUCUCUUUCAUCAAAGACAACGCUUCAACGUUCGCCUGGAAGACCUCCGACAUGAAGGGGAUCGACCCCGCAGUUACCUCCCAUGAACUGCACGUCGACCCGACGUUCAAACCCAUCCGACAGAAGCGACGGAAACUCGGUCCAGAAAGAUCUAAAGCAGUGAACGAAGAAGUCGACAGGCUCCUCGACGCGGGUUUUAUUACCGAAGUUCGAUACCCCGAAUGGUUAGCCAACCCGGUCGUCGUCAAGAAGAAAAACGGCAAAUGGCGCAUAUGCGUCGACUUCACGGACCUCAACAAGGCAUGCCCAAAGGAUAGUUACCCACUCCCUCACAUCGAUCGUCUCGUCGAAUCAACCGCUGGUAACGAACUCCUAACCUUCAUGGACGCUUUCUCGGGAUACAACCAGAUCUUGAUGCACCCCGAUGAUCGCGAGAAGACAGCAUUCAUCACCGACAGAGGGACUUAUUGCUACAUGGUGAUGCCCUUCGAGCUACAAAACGCCGGCGCGACUUAUCAGCGACUCGUUAACCGAGUGUUCGCUGAUCAGCUUGGCAACACCAUGGAAGUGUACAUCGACGAAAUGUUAGUCAAAUCGCUCAAGGCCAACGACCACCUAAAUAACUUACGCGACUGCUUCAAGAUCUUGAACGACUACGGGAUGAAGCUCAACCCGGCCAAAUGUACCUUCGGUGUCACCUCCGGGGAAUUCCACGGCUACAUCGUCACUCAGCGAGGAAUCGAAGCUAACCCCAAGCAGAUCUCGGCGAUUCUCGACCUUCCAAGCCCGAAAAACAGCCGCGAAGUGCAGCGACUAACGCGACGCAUAGCAGCUCUCAACAGGUUCAUCUCGCGAUCGACCGACAAGUGUCUUCCCUUCUACGAGCUACUAAGGGGAAACAAGAGGUUCGUCUGGGAUGAAAAAUGCGAAGAGGCGUUCAAUCAACUCAAGCAUUAUCUCACGACCCCACCCGUACUAGCGAAGCCAGAGGCCGGCGACACACUAUCUCUCUACAUCGCCGUCACAUCCUCCGCCGUCAGCAGCGUACUGAUUCGAGAAGAUUGGGGAGAACAGAAACCAAUCUUUUACACAAGUAAAAGAAUGACGGAGCCAGAGACGAGAUAUCCAACACUCGGAAAAAUGGCCCUAGCCGUCGUCACCUCGGCCAGAAAACUGCGACCCUAUUUCCAGUCGCACACGAUCGAAGUACUGUCCAACCAACCACUCAGAAUGGUUAUGCAAAAUACUAACCAGUCGGGACGGUUGACCAAAUGGGCGAUGGAGCUGAGCGAACAUGACAUCGUGUACAAGAAUCGCACAGCAGCAAAGUCACAAGUCCUUGCCGAUUUCUUGAUCGAGUUGACGCCAGAGCUGGAGCAAGACCUCAUCCUACCAUGAGCAAAGGAUCAGGAGCAGGAGUGCAAUUGCAAUCACCAACAGGAGAACUCAUUCGGCAGUCAUUCAGUUUUGGUUUUGCGGCGUCAAACAACGAAGCUGAGUACGAAUCCCUCAUCGCGGGGCUCCGUCUCGCCAAGGCGGUGAAAGCCAAAAGAAUCAGCGCUUACUGCGACUCUCAACUCGUCGUAAGCCAAUACCUCGGUGAUUACGACGUCCGCAACGAAAGGAUGGACGCCUACCUCAAACUCGUCCAGGACCUUACGCGAGACUUCGAGUUCUUCGAACUCACGAAGGUUCCUCGCGGAGAGAAUGUUUGUGCCGACGCCCUCGCCGCUCUGGGAAGCAAGCUACACGACCAAGUCAAGAGGACAAUCCCAAUCCACAAAAUCGAGAAACCGAGCAUCGACACGAAGGCAGAACAGGCCGCGAUUAUAGCAGCGAUCAACGACGCGAUGGAUAUCGACGAAGUGGAAUCUCCUUCGCAAGAUGAUCACCCAACAGAUUGGUGCAAGGAACUCAUCGGUUACCUCGCUGAAGGUUUACUGCCCAUCGAGAAAUGGGACGCACGGCGACUGAAACGACGUAGCGCACACUACGUCGUCAUGGAUGGGGAACUACACCGAUGGACUGCAACAAAGGUACUACUCAAAUGUAUCGCCGGCGAAGAAACGAGACUUGUCAUGGCCGAAACACACGAAGGAGCAGCAGGCAAUCACUCGGGCGGGCGAGCUCUCGCACUAAAAGUUAAAAACCUCGGAUUCUACUGGCCAACCAUGAACGCCGACUGCGAGACAUACGCGCGCAAAUGCGAUAAAUGCCAACGUCACGCCAAAACCAUACACAGCCCAACGGAGUUUCUCCACACCUUGACUGCUCCAUACCCAUUUAUGCGGUGGGGAAUGGACAUUAUCGGUCCGAUGCCGGCAUCUCGACAAAAGAAGUUCAUCCUGGUCCUCACCGAUUACUUCACCAAAUGGGUUGAAGCCGAAGCCUAUGCCAGCAUAACCGACAAGGAAGUACAAAACUUCGUCUGGAAGAACAUAAUCUGCCGACACGGGCUCCCAUACGAGAUAAUCACGGACAACGGUUCACAAUUCAUCUCGCAUCAAUUCAAGGGCUUCUGCGACAGAUGGCGCAUUCGACUCAACAUGUCGACCCCGAGAAACCUGCAAAGUAAUGGCCAAGCCGAAUUAACGAACAAGACCAUCAUAGACGGUCUGAAGAAAUGACUCGACUUAAAGAAAGGUUGCUGGGCAGACGAACUAGACGGUGUCCUGUGGUCCCACAGAACCACUCCUCGCGGAGCGACGAAGACUACACCCUUCUCAAUGGCCUACGGCAUCGAGGCAAUGGCUCCCGCAGAAGUGAACGUGACGAGUCUGCGCCGAUCGCGAAUGUCACAGAACGCCGAACUCAACCGCGACAUGCUCCUCGACGCACUUGACGACAUCGAGGAAAAGCGCGACCAAGCGUUACUCCGCAUCCAGAAUUACCAGCAUCAAAUCGAGAGCUACUACAACAAAAAGGUCAAGUCGCGUCCUCUCGAGAUGGGCAACCUUGUCUUAAGAAAGGUCUUCGAAAACACUAAGGAGUGGAAAGCCGGCAAGCUCGGAGCCAACUGGGAAGGACCAUACAAGAUAGUCGAAGUCAUCAAGCCAGGAGUAUACCGCCUCGAGACUUCAACAGGCGAAGCAGUACCGAGAGCCUGGAACUCCAAACAUCUCCGCCUCUUCCAUCCUUAGUCGAGGCAAACACCAACCCGAGUAAAUGCGCCCCAAAGGCCACUUUUACUCCCCAAAAAAAAAAGAUCGAAUAAAUGCGCCCCAAAAGGCCACUUUUACUCGCAAAAAAAAAAAAAAAAAAAA